AUGGUGAGUUCAUCUUUCACGUGCCUUGCAGCCAAUAUCCAAUAAAAGCUGAAAUCAUGUAGACAGAGCUGAAAAUCUCAUAUAUACUUUAAUUUCUAACACAGACCUAACUAUUUUGCAUCUUUUUUUGUGUUGACAAUUUAAGGGUUUAUGACUAUUAUUAUUUUUAGGAUAUAACUAUUUCAGGGAGUAGACGAUGAUACAUGGGCAUCAGUUUAGUAAAUGUGACAAUAUUUCGUCUUCAGUAAUUUUUUAAUAGUUGUUUUUUUCAAAUAACACAGAGAGGUUUCAGAAGCUUUAUCCAAGAGCAGUGUGUCAAGAUUUGUAAGUGGGGGGGAGGGGGGAUUGUUCCAAGGAUGGCCAGUCCUCCCACACCAUUAACCUAGGCAGGAGGAGAAUUAUUCCUUGGCUUGCCAGUGACAUGAUUGGGCUUUGUCCCUUGCUCUCCUUGUCAGUUCUCCUAGGAUUGCUGGUCCUCCCACAUCAGUGACCUAGGACAUUAUUAAUGGACAGGUUAAUAUUAACGUACUGUUACUCAUAUCAAUUUUUUCUUAAAAGAAGUACAAAAAGAACAAGUACAACUUUUCUAGCCUUUUUUCCCAUUUACUCAUUUUUUAGACCACCUCUGCACUUUUUCUUGUUCCUCAAUAUCCUUCUUAAAAACGGUUUGCCAGCAUUACACUACGUUUUCAAGGUGGUGUUUUAUCACACAUUUAUAAAGGGGCUAAAUUAUGCUUUCUUUACACAAUGCCUUAAAGGCCUUUGCAGCUGAUGACCGACAUUGCAUAUUGUUGCCUAGUGAUAGUCUGUUAUGUCUACUAGUUCCCAAUUCCUCAUCUCAAAAUGCAUAACAUUGCAUUUGUUUACACUGAAUUCCAUCUUUCACCUGCCUGCCCUGCUGAUGAUACUGGUAUUUACAAUAAUACCUACCAACUAACAAACCUAACUUACCAGGUUAUGUUAUUUAUUAUUAACACACACUAGCUCUUAAUCACAAGCUCAUUGCUUAGCUGGUAAGCUGGGUGUCUGAUCAGAGAAACCAGGAAUUAAAGAUGGCUGCCUCGUAAAACAAGCAUACACCAGAGGACCCACUGAAAAGAGGUAUUUACUUAUUACAAAAUAACGCACACAUAGAUUAUUAUACAUGCAAUGGUUUAUUUUACAUACUAGUGGUUUUACAAAAAGCCUGACUUUUCAAAGCCCAGCCUUCCACCACACCACAAAAUAAUGCAGAAUUUUUAGUUCACCAUAAUAUGUACUAUUCCACCUAGAUUUUAUAAGGUUUUGCCAACAUGUGCCAACAUUUCAAAAUAAUAAUAGUGUUGUACAUUGUGUGCACGGCUGCUUAUGAUUCACUUUAUUACAAGUCAGCAGGUUUUAAUUAAUAAAUAUUUUUCAAUGAGUGAGGAAUGUUUAAUUAUCUUUUAGCAUAUAACUAAUUAUGUUUCUGUUUUCUUUUAAUAUUCCUCACUUCUAUUAAUGAAUAAAGGGACUACCACAGAAGCCUCCUCCAGGGCAGCAUAAACACUGUGACUUAUGCUUCAAUAAACGAUGCCAAGCACCAGUAAACGUCGGCAUCUCUUGUUCAAUGAUCGCCUGCCGGACACACUGUGGUGCCACCUUCCAUCUAUGUAAAGAAGAUGAGCAUCGCCUGCUUUGCCCUCUUGAAUGGGUUCCUUGCCUAAAUUCAGUUUUUGGAUGCCCAUUCUCUAUGUCUCGUUCCAAACUGGCAAAGCACCUGAAGGUUUGUCCUGCAAGUGUGGUCUGUUGCUCUAUGGAUUGGAAUCGUUGGCCUGUUAUUGACAAAGAAGGACCACUAUUUGAAAACCUUACAAAGGAAGAGCAAAACGAAGAAUGUCUAGAUGUGGCCCUAGCUCUUAGAGACCAGAACAUUCUGUUCAGCUCUUUGAAAAUGUCAGAAUUCUACCCAGAACUGUCAGAAAAUCCCCAAAAUAUAAUAAGUCUAGAGAAAGACGAUGACACUGUGGAAGAAGUCGGUGCAGUAGGAGGAACAGAUUUGCAGCUGAAUGGUAUAGAGUUGAAUAACAGUGAAGUUGGUCUUACACAAUAUGAACGUGAGGCUCUAGCAAGGAACAAAGGAGGAGAUCUAGAUGCAUCAAUAUUUUCUAACUGGGAAUCUAUUUUCAGUAAAGAAAAAACAACAGCUCAGUAUUUGGAGUCCAAUGCAGCCCAAAGCAAUAGCAACACUUCAAAAACUAGCAAAAAGACAACUGCCAAGAGCAAAAUAGUUGAUAAACAGGAGGAAACUAAAAUACAAGAUGAAAAUAAGAAGCAGAAUGUGAACAUGGAGACAACCGGCUUGGCUCCUUGGCAGGAUGGCGUGCUAGAAAGGCUGAAGACUGAAGUGGAUUGUGGAAGUUACAAUAUGUACUUGGUCCAUCAUGGCAGUAUGCUGAUCCAAUUCGGUCAAAUGGCAGCAUGCACUCCUAAAGAAAAAGACUUUGUUUAUGGCAAACUUGAAGCACAAGUAGUCAAAUCCGUGAACACAUUCAAAAUACCAGAUAGCUACCACUGGAGAAGAGCAAGACCAGGUGAAGACCGCCCUAAAGUAGUAAAAGAACAGUCAGUAGACACUUCAGACCUAGGAAUCCAACAGCAGGACCUGCCCUUAUCAGAUGCAAUUUACAAUACCUUGCUUUGUGCCCUGGAGAAGGAGGUGAGAGGUCACACAAUAUCAGAAACAAACGCUCUUGCUUGCAUGCUGACUGAUAUUGGGACACAGACUUUUGAUUUUGGCAUGGAUGCUUUUUCUGACAAGAUUGUUUUAUUAGACACUCUUCCACGUAACAGAAAUGUAGGACUUCAUCUAGACAUAGAGACUGAGUGUGUAACCAGGAGAAACAACAAAAACAAUUCUGCUUUCAGCUUCUCCUGCAACCUCUUCUUCAGGAGAGAUGAGUUUCCCUUCCAUUUUAAAAAUGUCCACUGUGAUGUACAAUCUGAUCUUAAUGGGUGGUUCCACCAGAGAUGCCCACUUUCUUACUUGGGUUGCACUUUUGUACAAAACAGGUUUCACCCAAAAAAGCAGAAGGCCCACGUCAUCUACAACAAAGAGCUUAAAACCUUUGGCCUGAAACCACUGGUGGCCAAUACGUUAUAUGAGGGUGUAAGACCUAACCUUUCAAGAAGUAAUAGAGGGAAAAGCAAAGAUUCCUUGACCACUCUGCCACUAGAGGUCCUGCAGCACAUUGCUGGAUUUCUGGACAGUUUCAGUCUAUCUCAGCUAUCACAGGUGUCUGUUUUGAUGAGAGAUGUUUGUGCCACAUUGUUACAUGAGAGAGGCAUGGUCCAUUUACAUUGGAAGAAGAAGACAUAUUCUCAUGGAGGGACAUCAUGGAGAUCUCAAAAAAAGGUAACUGUGUUUGAAAGAAUCAGAAAAAAGUGGUACGCUUAGAAGUCCAUUUAAAAAUAAUUACUGGGCCACUCACCCAUGAUCUCCAAAUUAUAGAGCAUAGGUUUUCUGAUCCUUAUUUCAUGUAUUGUACAUUAUGUUAUAUAUAUACUAUGGAGAAGAUGGAGUGCAUUGGUCUAAAGAAAGCUGGCAGUGUCUCCAAGAACUAUAUCUGAUGUUUCUUUAAUAAUUACAAACAUUGAAAAGGCAAGAUCUACCCUUAAAGUGUAUAUUUUAUUGACUUAUGCCAAAAUGACCAUAUAAAAGUAUAGUUUCAGUCCAUUUUCACAAAGUAAAUAAAAAUCCAAAAGUUUGAAAUAUAUAUGCAAAUAUAACAUUUCACAUGAUAAUGGUGGACACUUUGGAGCAGUAAUCGCCUGAUUACAAUGUGAAAUAACAUGACCCUUUUAGGUAAAAGUGGACUCUGAUGGGUUUUCAUUUAUUAAUGUUUUUUUUCUGCCUUUUGAAGAUUGAAUCCAGAAAAAAAUAGGGUAAAACAUUCAAUUUACUGUCCAUUUGUUAGUGUAAUAAUAGACCUUUUAGUAGACUUUGAUCACAUAGAUUUCCAAAUGAAAUGAUUUGCCCAGGGUUAGUUACUAUCGUUUUAUGUUCCUUCUUGACGCAGGUUUGGAAUUUUAGCAGCCUCUUCUCCAGGGUUCAUCACUGGGAGUUUGAUGAUGCCCCAUCUAUGGCUGAACACCUGAAGAUCUGUCCGUUUAAUUCCAAGGAAGCCAAAAAGGAACGUUUUAAGCUUCCCAGUUUGUACCAGACAGGGCAGCCAGAGCAGAAGAAGGAGACCCUGCUGUUUUUACGAAAGACUCUUUAA